AUGUACGUUGGCUCCCUUGGAGGGUACCGUGGCAGCCAGCCAGGCAAACUGCUGGAUCUGGUCAAAGGGCUGCAGCAGGAGCUGAACCGGCUAUACACACUUUUCUGCUCCCGGAAUCCAGAGUUUGAGGAGAAAGGAGGGAAGGUCUCGAUUGUGUCCCACUCGCUGGGCUGUGUCAUCACCUACGACAUCAUGACUGGCUGGAACCCCGUCAGGCUUUACGAACAGUUGCUGCAGAAGGAGGAGGAGGAGGAGCUUGAGGACCGUUGGAUGAGCUAUGAGGAGCAACAUUUACUUGAAGAACUUUACAUAACUAAACAACGGUUGAGAGAGAUAGAAGAGAGGUUACAUGGGUUAAAGGCAUCCACCAUAUCAAAACCACCUGUCUUAAAAUUUAAGGUUGAGAAUUUCUUCUGUAUGGGAUCUCCAUUAGCAGUGUUUUUGGCAUUGCGUGGCAUCCGUCCGGGAAACAGCGGUAGUCAAGAUCAUAUUCUGCCCAGAACAAUUUGUAACCGCUUACUAAAUAUUUUUCAUCCAACAGAUCCAGUGGCCUAUAGAUUAGAACCUUUAAUUCUGAAACACUACAGCAACAUUUCGCCUGUCCAGAUCCACUGGUACAACACUGCAAACCCUCUACCUUAUGAGCACAUGAAGCCAAGUUUUCUCAACCCAACAAAAGAACCUACCUCAGUUACUGACAGCGAAAGUGUUUCAACUGUACCGAGCCCAACUACUUCACCAGUCAUGGUUCGACGCCACUACGGGGAGUCUAUAACAAACAUAGGCAAAGCGAGUAUAUUAGGAGCUGCGAGUAUUGGGAAGGGCCUCGGCGGGAUGCUUUUUUCGAGAUUUGGGCGAUCUAGUACAACCACGCCACAGACGCUGGAGACGGGAAAAGAUGGAGCCGAGGGGGACGACAAGAAGGCCCCAGCUGUUGGGACGCCGCCUUUCCCGCACAGCAGCUCGAGCUUUCUCGAACCCACAGUGGAACUGGAGCACAGGAUUGAUUUCGAGCUCAGGGAAGGUCUCGUGGAGAGCAGAUACUGGUCGGCGGUCACGUCACACACUGCCUAUUGGUCAUCUCUGGAUAUUGCUCUUUUCCUUCUAACCUUCAUGUGCAAACACGACCAAGAAGAUACUGACAAGUCCAAUUUAGACACUAUUUGAAUUUUUGACUGGGGAUGGGGCGGGAUGGGAAAGGAAAUUUUAAAACGAAUGGCACAAAACUGAUGU